AGGAAAAUCAGUAAUAAGCUUGAUAAAAACGUUACAGUCGGCAAAAAAAAAAAAUAAUUUAAAAGAGAUGUGCAUGUUUCAUAAUGGAACUGCCAUUAUGAAACAUUUUCAUCAGGAUUAUGCAUUAAUGCAUUAAUUAUGAUAUUCAAUGCAUUAAUGCUUUAACUAUGAUAGAUAAUGGCGAAAGUUUUUGGACUGUGUGUUCAGCACUUUUGACUGGACAGCUCCCGUAUCGGUGUUAUGCUGCACAGUUUUAGGUGCUACAUUAUGCAUGCUGGUUUGAAAGACAUUGUUGCAUAAUUUAUUACAAACAAACAAUACAAUAUAUAUAAACAAAUAAAAUGUGCCGUAAUAAUUAUUUACCACUUCAUUUUAACUAAAUUAUUCUUUCUCUUCUCUAGCUGUUAUGCUCAAAUGCUCACCAUGUUAUUUUAACGUUUUGCGUACAACAACACUUGCCCAUCUAGACACGAAAUAACUCUCAUAUUAUCGGUAUUGCAUAUUUUCGAGCAAAAUUCUCCACUAGAUGUCGUAACACACACUACACAGGGCUGGUUAUGGCUUUAAAAAACACCAAUACAUCUAUUGGAUGAGUGAGCGCUGAGCUCUUUACCAAUCGUGCUUUAGACAGCACAAAGGGAUCUACUCCCUCCCCCAGCCAGAGGAGGAGUACAAUGUUGAGAGCUGUAGAGCGAGAGGGAACAUGAACGCUUUAUGAGACUGAUCACCACAACGAGGAUGCGUUGAGAAGACGUAAUUAUCUGAAAAUGGAGAAUGACAUUCUGUUUUUCUAUGGAUAUAAUAUAAAGAUUUGUUGAUGGGAAUAUCAAGCGCAACAGAGAAAUGAGGCACAGGAGGAUCAGAGAAUGGGAAUGGGCAGCGCUUUGGCUGUUCGCUUUCUCUCUAUUGUGGAAUACAGUUGGAGCUCAGAUUCGCUACACAAUACCUGAAGAGUUAAAGGAAGGAUCUAUCGUUGGGAAUAUCGCGAAGGAUCUUGGUUUUGACAUCUCAGAUAUCGCCGAGCGUAAGUUGCGGUUAGCAUCUGAGUCAAAUAGACAGUAUUUCAGUGUGGAUUCAGGGAAGGGUGAUCUGGUAGUUAAUGGCAGAAUAGACAGAGAAACGCUCUGUGGACAAAGCGCCAGUUGUCUGAUGCCACUGCAGAUCGUUAUUGAGAAUCCAUUACAGAUGCACAAGGUAGAGAUAGAAAUACAAGACAUUAAUGACAAUGCACCGAACUUCCACAAUAAAGAUGGCGUAUUAAACAUUUCUGAAUUGACUGCUCCAGGAACUCGAUUUACCCUUGAAAGUGCCGAGGACCUCGAUGUUGGCAGCAAUAGCUUAAAGUCCUAUUCACUGAGCAAUAACAAUUUCUUCCGUUUAAAUUUAAAGACGCUUAAAAACGGAAGGCAAAUACCAGAGCUUGUGCUUGAUAAAUCACUAGAUAGAGAGAAACAGGCCGUUCACAAGCUAAUAUUAACAGCUCUAGAUGGCGGUAAUCCGGUAAAAUCUGGUACAUCUUUACUGCAAAUAAUUGUUCAGGAUUUUAAUGACAACGAACCAACAUUUGAAGUUGCUGCAUAUAAAGCAUCUGUUCUAGAAAGCGCCGCUGUUGGUUCAAGUGUGAUCAAAAUAAAAGCCACUGAUUUGGAUGAAGGUCCUAAUGCUGAAAUACGGUAUUCAUUCGGUGCGCACACGCCUGAACUCGUAAGAAAUGUUUUUAGUGUGAACGCUGAAACCGGUGAAAUAACAGUCAUUGGUAAACUAGAUUACGAGACUACCAAAUCAUAUACAUUUGAUGUCUGCGCUAAAGACAAAGGGAAUCCACAGCUCGAAGGCCAGUCAUCGGUUCAGAUAGAUAUCAUAGAUGAGAAUGACAAUCCUCCAGAGAUUAUACUGACAUCUUUACCGAGCCCAGUUCCUGAAAAUGCAACGGUGGGAACUGUGGUGGCUUUGAUUACCGUCAAGGAUUUGGAUUCUGGUAAUAAUGGCAAAGUUGAGCCAAUUGUCUCUCCGGAUGUUCCAUUUAAAUUAAAACCAACUUUUGAUAGCCAUUAUUCACUGAUAACUGAUUCUUUCUUAGACCGUGAGGUUCAUUCAGAAUAUAGUGUAGAAAUACUGGCCAUGGACUCCGGUGUACCACCCUUAAAAACUGUGAAGACUGUAAAUGUGAAAGUGCUUGACGUGAAUGACAACCCUCCAGUAUUCUCACAGUCUUCAUAUAAUGUUUAUAUAAACGAAAAUAAUCUGGCAGGUGUUUCAUUGUUUUCUGUGUCUGCGUCUGAUUUUGACCAUAAUAAGAACGCUCUACUCACUUACUCGAUUUUGGAUUUAAGUUCAAAUCACGUUCCAGCAUCAUCUUAUUUUUAUAUAAAUUCUGAGAACGGAACUAUUUACAGCAUGAGCUCAUUUGAUUAUGAGAAAACGAAAUUAAUCAGCAUUGUAGUUCAGGCUAAAGAUCAUGGCUCUCCAUCUCUGAGCAGUAACGCUACAGUUCAUGUGUUUAUUCUGGACCGGAACGAUAACGCACCUGCUGUCAUUUACCCGUCCACAUCCAUGGGGUCUGUCUCUCAUCAGAGGAUGCCCCGUUCUGCUAAAGCAGGACAUCUCGUUACUAAGGUAACAGCAGUGGACGCGGACUCGGGUCAUAACGCCUGGCUCUUCUACAGGCUCGCGGAGGCCACGGACGCGUCACUGUUCAGUGUGAAUUUACAUACGGGAGAGGUGAGGACUAAACGCGCUGUUUCAGAGCAGGAUGACUCCUCUCAGAGACUGAUGAUAGAGAUAAAGGAUAAUGGAGAACCGAUCCAGUCCACCACAGUCACAGUGGAUAUACUGAUAGAGGACGGGUUUCAUGAGCCCAUCUCAGACUAUCGUGAGAAAACUAUCGAGCCCAACAAGAAAAAUGGCAAAAUCACAUUAUAUCUGAUCAUCUCUUUGGCUUCUGUGUCCUUGUUGUGUCUGAUGACGUUUUUCAUCUUAUUGGUGAAAUGUGCGCGAGGCAGUAGAGGCGGCUCAAGCUGCUGUAUCAGGAGAACUGAUUCUGAAUACAAGAACCCCAACAGAAACCUGCAGAUCCAGCUCAACACUGACGGGCCCAUUAAGUAUGUGGAGGUUCUGGGAGGAGACAUGAUGUCUCAGAGUCAGUCCUUUGGCUCCUAUCUCUCUCCAAUGUCUGAAUUCAGUGAUCUCACCCUCGUUAAGCCCAGCAGCACCACAAACUUUACAGACACGCUAAACGUGCUUGAUGCGUCAUUACCAGACAGCGCGUGGACGUUCGAGAGCCAACAGGUGAGACGCAGAAUAAUUGAUUACCUCAGCAUCAAUAGAUAAUUGUAUGUGAUUAUUUUAUUCUUCGAAACAUUGUAUAAAUAUAUAAUUUCGGAUAUAUUAUACUUUCAGAAAUGUGAUGUGUGACACGCUUGAUUGUGUGUGUGUGUGUGUGUGUGUGUGUGUGUGUGUGUGUGUGUGUGUGUGAUAGAGAGAG